CGAUUUAGUAGUAACAGUUGAAGUAGUUUAGUAGUAGUAAAUUGAAGAUACUACUUCGAAAAAUAUACUUCACUGUAAGACGUUAAAAGGAUUUUCAAUUUUGCUAAUCGAAACAAUAUGUUUGGACUUUGUAAAUAUGUCUGUUAAACUUUAAACAUAGCAUUGAUUAUAAUUAAUUGAGCAAUUGAAAAACAUGGAAGCCGCUGAUCAAGAUGUUCAUGAUGAUUAUUAUCUAGAACUAUCUUCAGAUCCAAUUAGGUUUGAAUCAGUCAGCUGUUUGACAAACGUUUUCUUUGAUGAUUCAAAACAACAGGUAUUUGCUGUUCGAUCUGGAGGUGUGACAGGUGUAUUAGUUAAAGGACCAAAUCAAAAUUUAAGUUUCCGAAUGGAAGAUAAAGGUCCAGUGAUCUCUAUCAAAUUUUCUCCUGAUAUGAAUAUACUGGCGGUGCAACAUAAUAAUUCUUCAGUUGAAUUUAUAAAUUAUUCACCAGUAGCUGGACUAGAUAACAUAGAAUAUUCGCAAUCAUGUAAAGGAAAAAAUGCAACUAUAUUGGGAUUUGUUUGGACACAUGGAAAUGAAAUAUUGUUUGUUACUGAUUAUGGUGUUGAGUUAUUUCAAGUAAAUCCUGAAAAACGCAAUGUCAGAUUUUUGAAAUGUUUAAGUUUAGGUGUUAAUUGGUUUGUAUUUUGUCCGCAAAGUUAUUUAGUAUUAUUAUCAUCAGGGACAGUGGGAAAUCAAAUGCAGACAUUGCAUGUAACACCUGGAAAUCUUCAUAAAUUAACUAAAUUCGAGGUGGAAGUUGGUACAGCAAAACCAGGAAAAUUAGCCGUCUAUGAGAGAGAUGUGGCAUUGACAGUUUUAUAUGGGAUACCUUGCAUUAUUUUGCUACGUCAUCAACCAGGUACUAAUCGUUCUACUGGAGCUGCUUCUGUAUAUAUAUAUACUGUGCAUAAUAGAAUGACAACAAUCAAAAGAAGUCAUAUCUUGAAACUCGAUGUUAGUGGUAAAUUUGCCAUUAAUGUUGUAGAUAACCUUAUUAUUGUUCAUCAUCAAACCACAAAAACUUCCAUGAUUUUUGAUAUUAUGUUAUCGGGCAUAAGCGAUGGUACUGUAAUGCACCAUACUAGCAUGGCACCAGCAAAACCAAUCAAACCAUAUAGUUUAAAAGUUCCAGGAACAACCUUGUCAAAUGAAACAUAUCAGCCUUGCCAACUAUAUUCGCCAAAUUGGGUUGUCUUUCAACCAAACAUAAUAAUUGAUGCAAAAUUAGGUUGCCUCUGGUAUAUUGAAUUAAAAUUGGAGUCUUUGACGAGACUUAUCACAGACAAAGUGUUGCUCGUCGAAUUUUUAAUGCAACGGACAAAUACAAAGUACAUUUUGAUACACGUAUUACAAAAUUUUAUGAUGCAGCUGCCUAUAAGUUUAAUGGAUAUGCCAAUCAUAUUCAACAAGUUAAAUUCCGUCUAUAGGAAUUAUUUAGAAAACGAAAUACAAAAUCAGAUGGGUACUCCAUUGCAAAAUAACGCAAAAUGCUUAAGCACGACAACAGAAAAUUACAAGUAUAAAUUACUGCUGGAUCAAAGUGAUGUAUAUAGUUAUAUAUUAUCGAAAUUUCCUGAAAAUACCAUUGAACCAAAAAUGAUUGUAUGGGUUCUUUUAGAAUAUAUCAGAUCAUUGGCGGAACACAGUAUACCCGUACAGCAUUAUUUACACGAAUUAGUUAUUACAACAUUAGUUCAGCGUAAAGCAUACUACCAACUUCACCAGUUACUACAGUAUCAUGUAGUUGCCGAUUCGAAACCUCUUGCGUGCCUAUUGCUCUCUUUAGAGAAUCUGUAUCCAGCUGCUCAUCAGCUUGCACUGGAUAUGCUGAAACGUUUAGGAAAUGCUCAUGAAGAAAUAAUCGAAGUUCUUUUAUCGAAAGGAUACAUUUUACCAGCGCUACGUUACAUUCGAUCAGUUGGAAUGGUGGAUCAGGUGUCUGACAGAAAAUUUCUGGAAGCAGCAAAGGCAACUGAGGACGCAACGCUCUUUUAUUCGGUUUUCAAAUUUUUUAAACAGCGUAAUUUAUAUUUAUACAAUACUACAGGCUUUACAAAAGGGGAGCGCUAUCAGCCUUACAUCCAACAUUACAAGUAUUUAUUUGAAGGAAUCGAUAAUGGUUGUAAUUCGGACACAAAUUCCAAUGUUACUACAAUUUCAUCGUGAGCUUUUGCUCUUUUCUCUGACUGUAUUCUUUAAAUAAUAAUACAAUUCGAUUCUAUUGUAAUAUGAAACAACACCAACUAUAUAUUUAAAAGUUAUAAUGUGUUACAAUUAGAAUGUUGUUUAGCUGUUUUCAUAUUUAUUCAUUUUAUAUAUUUUCAUUUGUAAAAUAUUUUUGUAUUGUACAUAUAUUAUACAUACACACAUACAUCCGCGCGUAUUUAAUUAUAUUUAGAUAUAUAAUUAUAUUAGGAAUAUAAUAUCUGUAGUACUUACAACAACUUUUGUGUAACUAAUACAGCCUGUUAAAAAAUUGUA